CCUCCUCCUACAACUACAACCCCACCUCCCACUACCACAACAACAACCACACCCCCGCCUAAUCCUACCACAACUACCCCUCCUCCUACUACUACAACUACAACCCCACCUCCCACUACCACAACUACGACCCCUCCUCCUACAACUACAACUACAACCCCUCCUCCUCCUACAACUACAACCCCACCUCCCACUACCACAACUACAACCCCUCCUCCCACUACCACAACUACAACCCCUACUACUACAACUACAACCCCACCUCCACCUCCCACUACCACAACUACAACUCCACCUCCUCCAACCACAACUACCCCUCCUCCUACUACUACAACUACAACCCCACCUCCCACUACGACAACUACAACCCCUCCUCCCACUACCACAACUACAACCCCUACUACUACUACUACUACAACUACAACCACUACGACAACUACAACCCCACCUCCCACUACCACAACUACAAGCCCUCCUCCCACUACCACAACUACAACCCCUACUACUACUACUACUACAACUACAACUCCACCUCCACCUCCCACUACCACAACUACACCUCCUCCAACCACAACUCCACCUCCUCCAACG